AAAGCAAAAUAAUAUUGGGGAUUUAUGAAUUUCUAGGGUUUUACAACUUUCAAAAUGUAAGCUGCUUUUCACUUCUCUACCAAACCAUCGAUCCACCAUACCAAAUUAUCCAUAUAAUAAUAAUCAUAAUCAUAAUCGUAGUAGUAGUAGUAGUAGUAGGAACAAUGUUUACUUCGUUCAGUUUUUAAAUGGUGAAUUGAAAGAGGAAGUCCUUUCAAAAGCAAAAAUAAUGUGAAAGAAUUGGGGAUUUUUAUGAAAUUCUAGGGUUUUACAACUUUCACUGCUUCUUCAUCUUCUCUACCAAACCAUCGAUCCACCAUUCCAGAUUAGCCAUAUAUAAUAAUAAUAGUAGUAGUAGUAGUAGGAACAAUAAGUAGAUAACAAUGUUUACUUUGUUUCAGUUUUUAAAUGGUGAAUUGCAAGAGGAAGUCCUUUCAAAACAUGAUCUUCUAGAGUUGAUUGAGCUAAAGCUUGUAAGCAAAACAUGUCGACAAAUGAUUGAGUCGCCGACUUUUGCUAUAGCUUACAAUCAGAGACCUAUAAGAUGUGCUCCGGGUUACAUAGUUGCUCAAGGUCUCACCGAAUAUUGGCAAACUUGAACUAAUCAGAAUAUCAGAUGGGAUGGUCACGACGAUACGCUUAGACGUUUUCCUACGAGCAUAUGUGCGUAAAGAAGGUAGUAUAUCUGUACUUGCUGCUUAUGGUAGUCUUAUUUUGUUAAGGGCCUUCACACAGCAGAAUGGAUGGCAUUUAUUAGUGUUUAACAUACCAUCUAGGCAAUUUUACAUUGUCCCUAGGCCUUCAGGUUUUGAUAUGGAUUUCCAGAUCAAACAACAUAUUAGGUUCUGUAUUGAAGAGCCCCAAUCCAUCCCCCUUAGAUUAGUGAACAUGGAAUGAUUCUCAUGCGUCCCCAAGAGGCAUUUUUGGUGUCUGGCCCGUUUUACAAGAACCUGUCUCUUGAUGAGGGACUGCCCGAAUUCAACAAUCCACCUUUUAAUCACAAUGAUUUGGAACCGGGGGGUGGAUGGCAGCACGAGAUCUCUAAACAUUAUGGCAGAGAUGGGUAUGCAGUUCUCAUGUUGAGACACACCAACCCGGCUUUUCAACAUUAUUUUCGUUUUCGUGCCAUACGUUUGUUCAACAUACGCAAGGAUUGGAGUUCCUACGAUCAUGUGAGUUCUGUCCCACGAAGACUCCUCGGGAGAUUACCGUAUCGAGUAACACACGAAUGCCAUGUAGAACAGAAUGGCACAAAAGUAAACAUCAUAAUGGUAGUUGGCCAAGAUCCUCUUGGCGACUCCGACGACGACGAUGAUGAUGAGGCAGAGGAGGAGGAGGAGGAGGAGGGAGAAGGAGGAGUUGGAGUUGCAGAUGAAGAGGGAGUUGGUGUUGGAGAUUUAAAUCAAGUUGGAACAAAUGGGGUUGGAGCCGAAGAUUCAGAUGAGGAUCAAGAUCAAACUGAGAAUCAAGAUCUUGAUAAUGGAUAUGCAUCUGAAGAUUGGGAUGAUGAGGAUGAAGAAGAUAUUGAUAUUGAUGCUAGACAUUGGAACUUGAUGCAUUUUAUUUACGACAUACCCACUCAAGAAUGGACUAGCACAUUUUUCAGUAUGAGGGAUUAUGAGGAUGUUGGCGACCCGGUAUUCACCUCACGUCUUAUGCUAGGGGUUAUGGUGCAGGUUUAAGUUGAUUAAUUCAAGUAUCAAGAGAGAAGAUUAGACACUGAACUAUUAAUUCAAGUAUCAAGAUUAGACAUAUGAAGUAGAGGCCCAUGGAUCCAAGUUCCAACCACUUUUGUUUCUUUUAACAGAUUAUUUAAAAGAAGUUUCUAGUCAUCAAAAACCUGUUCGAUUUAUGUUGAAUUCCUGCUGUCAACUUGAAUCGGCUUGAAACAUUUUGUUUGUUAGAGAGAAUUCCUGGAUUCGUAGUGAACUGCUUUUGUUAUUUGAUCGUUUACUUGUGAAUGAACAUCAAUCUGGGUUAUGUUUAUCACUAAUGGGUCAAAAGUCACCCAGAGUGUCCAUUUUAUCCUCAUAGCCUUGUAUUUAUUUUUAAUCAGAUGUUCUAUUAUCAUUCAA